AUGUUUAGAGAAUGCGGUUACAAGUCUUGCGAAAAGACUGACGCAAAGAAGUUAAACAUUCACAUCAUAUCUCACAGUCAUGACGACGUCGGAUGGCUUAAGACAGUGGAUGGCUAUUAUACGGAAGACGUUUCGCACAUCUUAACCAAUGUUGUCAACUCUCUGGACAAGAAUCCGAAGCGAAAGUUCACAGAAGUGGAGACCUAUUACUUCAACAGGUGGUGGUCUGAGCAGAAUAAUGAGACCCGAGAUUUAGUCCACAAACUGGUCAGUUCUGGUCAAUUGGGUUUCGCUAACGGAGGCUAUACUGUCAACGACGAGGGAUCGGCUCAUUAUAAUGAGAUCAUCGAUCAGAUGACACUCGGAGAGUUCAUUUGGGGCGGAAGUGCUGACUUGGGACAGAGCGCUAACAUUUUUACCACAAUCCUUCACAACCAUUACAGCGCUCCCGAUUCGAUGGCCACGUCUUCAAUAGAGGUGUUAUCCCGAAAGGAGAGUUCAUUUGGGGCGGAAGUGCUGACUUGGGACAGAGCGCUAACAUUUUCACCACAAUCCUUCACAACCAUUACAGCGCUCCCGAGGGGAAAUGAUAUAAACGAUAAAAAUAAGAAACAAAAGGCCGACACAAUUGUCUCGUUAGCCAAACAAUGGAACAAAGACUUUGGGGACACAAACCAUGUGCUCAUGACUUUCGGCGAUGACUUUAAAUACAAUAACGCCGAACACUAUUUCGCAAAUUUGGACAAAUUAGCCAAUGCUGUCAAUGAGUUUCACCCCGAUGUACACAUGUUUUAUUCAAACCCCAUGUGUUACUUAUGGUCUGUCAAUCAAUUAAACCGUACAUUUGAAUACCGAGAGAGGGAUUACUUUCCUCUGUGGUCGGGAUUCUUCACGAGCAGACCAUCGCUGAAACGUCAGGAAAGAUCGACAAACAAUUUGUUACAAAUCAGUAAACAAUUGGAUUCAAUGACCCGAAUCCCAGAGUCUGAGCCUUUUCUGAAUGAAGCCAUGAAUGAGGUGUCUGUACUGACACAUCACGACGCUAUUACCGGUACUUCCCCUCAGAAAACUAUCGACGAUUACAUACUAAGACUUUUUAGCGCUUCCGACGCUUUGCAAGAAGUAACUAAUCGGAUGUACCGAAAGCUGAUACCUAAACAAGAGUUAGAUAUUAGUCUUCCUAAACAAAUAAUUUGCGACAGACUUAACAUAAGUGAAUGUCAUGUUUCUGAGACAUCAAAUGAGUUUACGCUCGUUGUCUACAAUCCUAUCGGACGGCCGGUCUCUCAAUGGCUAAGAAUUCCGAUCCCUUCUAAUAACAAACCUAUUGAUGCAAACAAUCCUAAGGAAGAAAAUACAAAAUCAAACGGAGAAUUGAAAGGAAAAGGAUUUACAUUAAGUUUAGACCAAAAGACAGGAAAUAUUGAAAAGGUUAAAAUGGUUAACGGAAAUGAGUUCCCAUUGAAACAAUCGUUCAAAUUUUAUAAAUCAAAUCAUGACUCGAGUUAUGACUUCUGCUCCGAAGGACAGGCAGUAAAAAGAAUCCGAAAUUCACAUCAAAAAGAUUGCGGAAAAUUCAAAGAAUCGAUUUCUGAUAAUUAUUAUCCAAUUUAUGAGAGAAUAUUACUAAAAGAUAGCGCAAAGGGAAUGCAAUUAACGGUAUUGACUGAUAGAGCACAGGGAGGGUCGAGUGAAAUGGACGGACAAAUAGAGCUUAUGGUUCACAGAAGACUAUUAACUGAUACGCGAACGAGUCUUAACGAGACGGGUGUCGAUGGGAAAGGUCUGGUUGUCAGCGGAAAGCACUUCAUAUUCUUUAAACCAAUUAAUGAAUCGUCAAAACUGUUUCGCGAUUUGGAUCAACGAUUAUUUAUGUCUCCAUUGAUUACAUUCUCGCCGUUAACUCAAACUCAAGCCGAAUAUCGGAAUAAAUAUAAGACAUCUUAUUCUGCAUUAAAUCAAGAAUUGCCACAAAAUGUCCAUUUAUUGACAUUAGAAAAGUGGACACAAAAUGAACUGCUCUUACGUUUAGAGCAUUUUUACCAAAAGGAAGACAACAAUGAACUCUCAAAAGACGUCGAAAUAGAUUUGAAAAAUAUGUUUAAAGACAUUAAGAUUAAAGACGUCAGAGAAAUGACUUUAAGCGCAAAUCAAGAGCUCUCAGAAUCGCAAAAGAGUCGCUUACAGUGGAAAUCCAAAAACCCUUUGAAUAACAUUCAAUUCAAUUCCAACCAACACUUCAAUGACAUUUCUAAAGUCAAGUUGAGUUCACAACAGAUCCGGACAUUCAUUCUGACCAUUGAAGACAAUACAAAGAAAGUGAAUUGUUCUCUUGAAUGGAUCAAAAUAACGGGAACUAAAAUACCAAAGAAUGCAAUCGUUGGCGGUUUCGAUAUCGACACAAAGCCGUUGUAUAUUUGUAGACAUAAACGCGACGACGAUUUACUCCCCGGAAAGGCUAAUGAAAACAUAGGAUGUGUUGUAACGAUGGGAGGGAAGGCCUUCUCAACCAAAUCCGAUUAUGAGGUACUGAUCGGACAUAAUUACGAUUGGGUGGAAAGGCAUGGCGGAGAUGCUGUGCCCGACCGGGCGUUCAUCGGCGGACACGACUUGAACUCCAAUCCUAUUUAUGUGGGAAAAUGUGAUUUACAUUUUGGCAAAACCGAGACACAAGUUGUCGGCAAAAUUCACCACAAAUUUUACUACGGAUUCGGAGAUACAGAGCGCUCCGACUGUGCAAACCAUAUGGUUAUGUCGCAACUGAACGCGAGUCAAGAGUUACAAGAGAUGGACAACGAGUCGACAUCAGUGGAGACAAUGGACGGCGAGAGGGAUGGGAAGAGGAGGCGUCUGUUUGGGAAGGAGCUGAGGUGUAUGAUGUAUGGCUUCGGCGACGACCACAACCCCUUCACCGAAGCGGUCGAUAUGCUCGAAGACCUCGUCAUUCAAUUCAUUCAAGACAUUUCACUCAAAGCCCAAGACGUGGGCAAAAAUGGCAAGAUUUCGGUCGAAGAUGUGUUGCAUUGCGUGAAACGCGAUGAGAGAAAGUACUGCAGAGUUCGCGACCUCUUCCCGGAUCAAGACGUGGGCAAAAAUGGCAAGAUUUCGGUCGAAGAUGUGUUGCAUUGCGUGAAACGCGAUGAGAGAAAGUACUGCAGAGUUCGCGACCUCUUGUCCAUGAAUGAGGAGCUCAAGAAAGCCCGGAAGGCCUUCGACGAGAUCAAGUAUGUGUCCAACGCCUGA